AAAGGGGAGUAUUUUGUGCAGCUCGCGGGGGAGCCGGCUUUCCAAGCCUGGCUCAUGCUUGUGUUAGCAGAGUUUGCGUUGUGAAGGAGGAGAGCCUCAUCUCCCCGUCAGCGCCCCUCAGGAGGGAGAGACGUUCUGCAAACCUCCCCUCAGGCGUGUGCGGAGCAGCCGGAGCGCAGCGCCCUGCCCGGACUACGCCUCCCGGCAGCCCCGGCGAGGGGCGGGCACCGCCCGGGGACGGGAAGGGCCGGCCGGGGCGGCCCGGGGGUCCCGGCGGCGCCUGCGUGGCCCGGCCCGGGCGGGGCGGCUCGGCCCGGCUCGGCUCGGCCCGGCCAGUGGCUGCCCCGCGCCGUGCGGUGCCGGCGGGCGCUGCCCAGCCCCGCGGCGCUGCUCCCGCCGAUGCUAUGCCAAAUCCAGAGGUGUCCGCAUCCUACCAGGAGCUGAGUGAAGAUGUGGAGCGAGUAUCUGAAAAUCCAGCAGAGGAGAGAGAAGGAGAUAUGGAAGUUCAUGAAGAUUCCAGCUCUGUUAUUUUACGAGAUGGUGAGCUGGGUACCACUACCCCUUCUUUGCGUUUCAGCAAGACCUGCCUAAAGAAUGUUUUUUCAGUAAUUCUCCUGUUUAUUUAUCUGCUGCUCAUGGCUGUAGCUGUGUUCCUUGUCUACCAAACCAUCAGUGACUUCAGGGAGAAGCUCAAGCACCCAGUGAUGUCUGUCACUUACAAGGAAGUGUCCUUGUAUGAUCCACCUGGUAUUGCCUUUUACCCAGGCAAGGCACAGCUGCUUAGCUGCAAACAUCAUUACUACGAUCACAUUCCACCUCUGAUAAAUCCAGGUCAGCCAGGAGACAUUGAAUGCAACACUCAGAGGAUCAACUACACAGAUCCUUUUACUAAUCAAACUAUGAAGUAUGCUUUGGUUGUUCAAGGCCCUCGUGAUGUGAAGAAAAGGGAACUGGUGUUUUUGCAGUUCUAUUUAAAUGAAACAGACCAAGAUUUUAGUGCCAUUGACUACCUGCUGUUCUCUUCCUUCCAAGAGUUUGUCAGCAGUCCAGAAAAAGCAAAAUUCAUGAAGGACUGUGAAAGCUCAUACUCCAGCUGGAAGUUUUCUGGAGGCUUCCGAACUUGGGUCAAGAUGUCCUUGGUCAAAACAAAAGAAGAAGAUGGUAGCGAGACUGUUGAAUUCAAACAAGAGACCAGUGUGGUUAACUACAUUGACCAGAGAACUAAACCAAGGAGUGACCAGCUGUUCUUUGUGGUGUUUGAAUGGAAAGAUCCUUUCAUACAGACUGUUCAGGACAUUAUCACAGCAAAUCCCUGGAACAUGAUUGCUCUUCUUUGUGGUAUCUUUUUGGCCCUGUUUAAGGCAGCAGACUUUGCUAAGUUAAGUGUUAAGUGGAUGAUCAAAAUCCGAAGAAGGCAUCUGAAGAGGACUCGUCAAGUAACGAACCACAUAAGCUGAGACUGAGACUGCCUUUUAACUGUUCAUAGCAGGAGGGAUAGAAAAUAACUGGAAUAAUCUGCAAUCAGCAAUUAAAGCUGAAAACCAGGUAUGUUUUCUUCCAGAGAGAUGCUGGCUGGAGGAACAGUCUAGUGAACCAGCCUUGGAACUGCAGAAGGAGCUAAUUCUAGGACAGGUCUAACAAACUCAUGCUUUUCUAGUCCAAGUUUAAUAAGUUUACCUCGGUGUAUGGGGGAACCAAGGGGAAAAGAGGGAACUCACUAAUGUUCAGGAAGUCAUCACUGUAGGAAAUUGUGAAAAAGUGGACAGAGUUUGAAUGUUUCUCAGACAGACCCUUUAGUUUCUGCAUCAGCUGUGAGCUGCUCCCGUAGCACAGUCACUGCCUUGAUGGUGCUUAGUGAAAGUAAAGUGCUCUGAAAACAUCCUGGCCUCUCUUCUCCAAAGCAUGUUUUAAAACAAAAUACACUGGAAUUCUAUUACAUGUCAUCUUUAAAUCAAAGUACAAUGACUUUAAUAUUAAAAAAUACUUCAAGUAA